AUGCAAGGCAUCGUUGCCCUAGCUGUCAGUCUUACUCUAGGAGCCAUGCCUUGUUUGACCUCCUUGAAGACGAAGAGGUCCUUUCCACCAGCACCCUUGUCUACUGCAACAGGUAUGAGAACUGAAAGGCUCCAGCGAACCCUCCGCAUUUACCGACUACCAGACAGCCCUUCGCAACAUCGACACCUCGCAAUCCAUGCUAACCAGACCGGAUUCUCUGUUGGCGACGACUGUGUCGUCUACGCCAGUGACGGCUCGGGCACAAUGAUACAAAGUCUGCAGGUCCCGAAAUUGAUACUAGACUCUCAAAAUUCACAAGAAGACAAGAUGCAGCGUGUUCAAGCAGCCGCGAAACUCGCCUUUGCACAUGACUUUAUCCAGAACCUGCCGCAAGGAUACCUCACGCGGAUCGGAGAACGAGGCAGCCUGCUCUCGGGCGGCCAGAAACAGCGGAUUGCCGUGGCCCGCAGUAUGAUCUCGGAGCCCAAGGUUUUACUCCUUGACGAAGCGACUAGUGCGCUCGACCCGCAUGCCGAAGGAAUUGUUCAGCAGGCUCUCGACAGCGCCUCAGCGAACCGGACGACCGUUAUCAUUGCGCACAAACUCGCGACCAUGCGCAAUGCGGAUAAGAUUGUGGUCAUGUCCGAGGGCAAAAUCGCGAAACAGGGACAGCAUGAGGAGUUGGCGCAGCAGCUGGCGGCACUAAAGGACCAAGAAGACUACAAGUUAUAUGGAGAGACGGGAAUCAUUCAUAAUAUAUGGAAACUCCUGACAGGGACACCCGGACUAUGGCUUUGGUUCGUCGUCACAACAGCCACAUAUAUCGCAGGAGCUGCCGUCAACCCCAGGCAAAUUCUUUUGUUAGGCAAUAUCCUGAGUGUCUUCGAUUCUCCCAACUUCAUUGCUCGUGGUAAUUUCAUUGUGCUGAUGUUCUUCGUCAUGUCGAUUGGCAUUCUCGUUAUAUACUUUGUGGUGGGCUGGUCUACGAAUACUAUCGCGCAGACCCUCAGCAGGAAGCUGCGUCGAGUGAUCUUCCUGUCCUUUCUCCGUCAGGACCUCCAAUUUUUCGAUCAACCUGAGAACACUGUCGGCGCACUGAUCAGCAGACUCGACUCUUACCCGCAGGCUAUACUAGAACUGAUGGGGUUCACUGUGGCCAUCAUCCUCAUGUCGGCAAUCAACAUUGUCGCAUCGAGCGUUCUCGUGAUCGCCGUGUCCUGGAAACUAGGUUUAGUUGGUGUCUUUGCUGGGUUGCCACCUAUGAUGGUAGGAGGCCUCGCGCGUGCCAGAAUUGAGGCGAAAAUGGACGAGGAGGUAGGGCAGAGGAUGUCGGCAAGUGCAUCGGUGGCUUCAGAGACAGCCCUGGCCAUCCGUACUAUGUCAUCGCUUGUACUCGAAAACACGGCAUUAAAGAUAUGGGGAUCAAAGCUGAUCAAUGACGGCGAAAUCAGCUUGUAUCAAUUUAUCGUUUCAUUCAUGGUCGUUUACUUCUCCGGUCAAGCCACCGCGCUGGCCUUCAGUUCGCCAGCAGUGAGUCUAGCCAAGCGCGAUUUGGUUUAUAGGGAUCAUUGGCAGGUUCUCUCACCUGGAUUCACCAAGGCAAACCAAGCUGCCAACUACUACUUCUGGCUUGACAUGAUCGACGGGACAGUCCGUGGAACUGACGACAACCGCAACGAGGGCCCUAAGGACGGAUGCCGCUCUAUUGACUUCGAAGACAUCCGACGCGGCGCCUUUAUAGCCCUCGUUGGCGCAUUGGGCUGCGGAAAAAGUACCAUGAUUUUCGCUUCUCGAGCGCUUCUACGACCCGACAAGCGGCUCCAUAGAUAUAAACACGUCAACGCCGCUGCCAACCCUAAACCCGCCUAUCGCAGACAAUUAUCACUAGUGCAACAGGAACCAACUCUCUUCUUGGGUACUAUCCGCGAGAACAUUUUGCAGGGCAUACCAGACUUCGGCCUCAACGCAUCAAGAACAGAAACUGGAUCAAACUCGGACUGGGCAAUAGAAGAAGCAUGCCGUGCCGCCAACGUAUGGGACUUCAUGUCCUCGCUCCCUGAGGGCCUCGACACGCCUUGCGGGAGCGGCACCAGUAUCCAGCUCUCCGGCGGUCAGCGGCAGCGAAUUGCAAUCGCGCGCGCCCUAAUACGCAAACCGAACGUGCUUCUUCUCGACGAGGCGACGAGCGCGCUGGACACGGAGUCCGAGAAGCUGGUGCAGGGUGCGCUAACUGAGGCAGCAGCGGAGCAGAAUAGGAUUACGGUUGCGGUGGCGCAUUGGCUUUCGACGGUCCGUGAUGCGGACUGUAUCUUUGUCUUUCAUGCGGGUAGAAUUGUGGAGUUUGGGUCGCAUAGCGAGCUGCUUAGCCGGGGUGGAAUGUAUGCUGCGAUGUGCGAGGCCAGAAGCUGGAUGUGA